UCUAUCAAUGAAGCACGGCGGAGUGUGUGUACACAUCUAGUUAACGUGUAAACCAGACUGUAUGUUGGCGUGCACAGCAGAUGCCGACGGUGGAUUAACUCCCAUAGGUUGCCACACACGGAACGUCACCAAUACCGAACGUUGGCUGGUUGCAACAUACGGACUUAUAGGACUACACGAAAACGAAAUAGUCACUCUGGUUGAGUGUGUGCACCAGUGACCAUACAGUCCGCUUUGCGCGAGUCAUACAAAGGGAUUUCCUAAUUGAAAGUGCAUUACAUUAUUUCACUAGAGAAUUGUCGACACAUGAAAUAAUAGCUUAUGAGACUUGAAGCUAUUUUUAGCGGAUUGGUAGUUAGGGGGACUCUGGGUAUAUAUUUUGGCUCAGAGUUCAUUCGCUAUUUCAACUUCUUGUGACCAUCUUUGCUGUCAACGUCAACUUUCCACCUUGCCCCUGACGUGGCUCUUAUAGGAUGCUCAUUCCUCGUCAUGGCUCACGCCAUAUCUGCGUUUUCCUCUUCUGUGCUCUUCUGACGACAAACACCUGCAGGGCCUCAGGUAAUCCAUUGUCCGACGAAGAGGCCGAGGAUGGCCCGGGGUCCUACUUCACCAACGAGUUCGCCGUGCAAAUCGAAGGAGGGGAGGAGGUAGCCAGGGCAGUGGCGCUGGAACAUGGAUACCAACUUAAGAUGCAGAUCGGCAGCCUACAAGAUCACUACCUCCUUCACCACGACGAGACACCAGCCAGGUCCAAACGAGCGACUGAUGAACAACACACCAAGAAUCUCGCGGAUGACCAGCGGGUUCUGUGGUUUCAGCAGCAAGAGGCCAAACAUCGCAACAAGCGCGGCGUGAUCCAACGCGUGACCGUCGAGCGCUCAACCAACUUCAACGACCCGCUGUACAACGAAGAGUGGUAUUUGAACGAAGAGGGUGAAAGUCAUAGAGGGAUACAACCAGAUAUGCACGUGAGAUCGUUGUGGAAGAAAGGGAUCACGGGAAAAGGUGUCGUUGUGUCUGUUGUUGACGAUGGACUGGAAGUGGCCCAUUCGGACAUGGCUAGUAACUACGACCCUCGGGCUAGCUGGAACUACAAGGAGAAUCGAAACGACCCAACGCCUCCUACGGCUACCUACGAAAACAAUGGUCAUGGGACACGCUGUGCUGGGGAAGUGGCAAUGGCUGCUGAUAACGGAAAGUGCGGUGUCGGGGUCGCCUUCGAAGCGAGCAUUGGAGGCGUGCGUAUGCUGGAAGGGAAAGUUACGGACGCGGUGGAGGGCGCCUCCUUAUCUCACGCCCUGGACCACAUCGAUAUCUUCAGCGUUAGCUGGGGACCCACUGACGACGGAGAGACCACGGAUGGACCUGGGCCACUGUCAAGCAAAGCACUGGAAGCGGGCAUCAAACUGGGUAGAAAUGGCAAGGGCGUCCUCUACGCCUGGGCAUCGGGCAACGGCGGGUCCAAAGACAACUGCAACUGUGAUGCGUACUCAAGCAGCAUCUACACCAUCGCCACGGCCAGUGUGUCUGAAUCUGGCCAGAAGACAUAUUACGGCGAAACCUGCCCCUCUGUCCUCACCUCCGCGUACAGCAGUGGCGCUGGGAGUUCGCGUUCUGUGGUCUCCGCCGACCUACACGACCGAUGUACGAGCAGUCAUGGUGGAACAUCAGCUGCCGCUCCCAUGACUGCAGGGGUGCUCGCCCUACUACUACAGGCCAACCCUGACUUGACUUGGCGAGAUGUCCAGCACAUUAUAGUCCAGACUUCCAACGUCGAUCUCCUCAAGGGAGCCCACGGGGUAACAUGGCGCCCGAACGCGGCCGGCCUCAAUUUCAGUGAGCACUUCGGCUUCGGAAUGCUGGAUGCUCAGGCUAUGGUCGAUCUCGCCAAUCCCGACACUUGGACGAGAGUUCCCGAAAAGAGCAUCUGCACCAUUGAGGCCAGUCACUCAUUCGAAAAAAGAAAACUCGCGCACGGCCAACCGAUCAAGAUGGACAUUGUAACGGACGGAUGCGAGGGGACCAGCGACGAAGUCAAACACCUAGAACACGUGAUUUUGUCGGUUACCAUCGACUACAGUCGCCGUGGGGCUGUCAAUGUACACCUGACCUCGCCAUCAGGCACCAUAACAAGACUGCUCACCGAACGUCGAGAGGAUGACUCACAAAAAAGCAUGGAGCAUUUUCCUCUGAUGUCGGUGCAGCUAUGGGGAGAGCAACCGGCCUUGGGAGAUGGAGUCUGGAAACUCGACAUCUUUGACUCGACCUCAGGUGAAACGAACGCCGACAACACCGGUUACUUACGUGACUGGAAGCUGGAACUUCACGGGACUAAGGAACUACCGGAGCAUGUCAAGCGAGCCGGCGAGACCAAGCAAUAGAUCCAGCUCGCAUCAAUGCACCGAAUGAGCGCCUCCUGAAAUUGCAAACAUUAUACGCAACACAAUAUGUGACAGAGGGGUAACCCCCCCCCCCAUCUCCCUAUACUCUAUACGCUCCCUAUUAACUAUUGUUACCUAACACAUCCCCCUAGAUAUCUCAAAAGAAUUCCUGAGAUUCUGGUAACCCAUAAUGACCAACACAAAGAGGGGGUUCCCUCUGUCACGUAUCGCGCUACAUAAAUGUAUAAAUCACAAGUAAAUAUCAAUUUAUUUUGAAAAUCUAUUUUUCAGGUGCCACACCCAAAAAAGCACGUAUUCACCAACUUUAACUUUGGGUGUCAUGAUAACAAAAUAACUAAAGGAAAAAUAUGAACUCUUCUCCAUUAGAAACUGGUAAAUUCAACCACAUAUCUCCUGUAGCUCUUCUUCUUUUCAAAACUAUAUUUGAGAUUACAUUUGAUUCUACCCUGAAUCAAAAUGCAAUUUCUAUCUAAAUCUAGAAUGUUAGCACAUAAGAUUAUUAUUUAUUUAUUUUUUGCUUUGUGUUUUGUUUUUGUUUAUUUACUUAUUUGUUCAUUUGUGUUUUUUGUUUUGGGAAGAAUAUUUUAUUGUAAAAUGCUCUAUUUGUUCGGGGAAUAAUGCUUUAUUGUAAAAUUACUGGAAAAAAUAAGCUUUGCAAAAAAAUGCACUCAUAACAUUUAUUUUUCUAUAUCGGCCUAAGUUAUUAACUUUGUUUGGCAUGUGCUAUAUUUUUUGGGUCACUUUGGUUGAAGGUUUUGAAGUACGAGUCAAAACAAAGGCAAUGUGUUUGUCAACACAGGCAUAUUGUGGGAAGUUAGGUUGGCGCAGCGCUAAAUGUCUGCGCCUUCCAUCCACCGCUGUGGCCCGGGUUCAAUUCCUGUCAUGGUCCACAUGUGGAUUGGAUAUUCAAUCCCUGCCUGAUUCUGUGGGUUUUUAUCCAGAAUGUUCUGCUGGGGUCUUCCUCCUACCUCUAAAACUGUAAUUAAUUUCUUCUCAUUGCAUUCUCUCUACAGGUUUCUUCGGGCUUUCGAGCUACAGUGCCCAUGGCGCUUUUGAGGAAUCCUUGGUUUCAAUACCAGAAAUAAAUGAAUAAAUAAUUACAUGUUCUCCUUAACAAGAUUCUGCCAUUAUAUAUUGUGAAGCAAGUUCAAAGAAAAAAAUAUAGAUAUAUUUUUGCGAAUCUGAUUCAGGAUUUUAAAACGAGGUGCAAUAAAUAAUGAUAUACCAGACGGUUUGGUAACGAAA